AGGAAGCUGCUGGAGCAGAGGCUCGAACAUGAAGACGUGAUGUUCUGUCAGGACAGAAACUACUGAGCAGUUCGAUCAAAGUACAAGCUGACAAUGCGAUGGGAAACUGCUGGACUCAUUGUGUUCAGCUCUUUAGGCUGGAAGCCACCAGGAUCCAGAGAGGAGGCGGGUCAAAAUACUUCCGAAGCAGCACGACAGGAGAACAUUAUACAAUAGAGUUUGAAAAUCUGGUAGAAAGUGAUGAGGCCGAGAGCCCACAGCCCUGCCCCAGGCCCAUCGAUGAAGAUGAGCUCAAGCACCUCAAAGAACAUCGUUACGCUGCAAUCUCAGACAAGCAGGUCCUGAUCGACCAAAAGAUACAAGCUGAGUUAGAGGCGCAAGAGGAGAAGUUGAGGCUAGAAGAGGAGGCUAGAAAUGCCGGUCAGCGCGAGGCCGCCAGGCUGGCUCGUGAACGAAAACUGAAGGAGCUUCCGGCCCAGAGGAUACAGGGGAAGGCAGAUGUCUCUGGCAGUGAAGCACAGCAGAAAAAGCAAACCUCUGGAGAGGAUUUUGAUGUUUACCUCCAGAAUGUUAAAGCCCAGUCAGAGGCCUUCAGGAGCAACAGACUUUCCUCUGACACAAAUACAGUGACUCCCAACACAGAGUACAGCUGGGAUUUCACCACAAAGACCCGCUCUACCAACGAUGACGGCACCUCCCUGGAUUUGGAGUGGGAUGAUGAGGAAGGUUAG